UUCAUGGGAUCGGGCGGUCACAUGAUUUUUUACUUCCGCGACUUGUGAUGCCGCUUAUUGACACCUCAGUACAUUGAGAAAUCCUUGGCUAGAUAUCUGACUUUGUUGGUGUUUGUGGCUCCUGUUAAGAGGUUUUAAUAUAGCAACAUCACAGCACUAGCUGUGAGAGGGACUCAUCAUGUCGGUGCUCCGAUUCAACAGCGUCUUUCUGCUGCUGCUGCUUCUGAUGGUGUUUGGACACUCUAACGGGACGGCUCCAUCAUUCAGCGUGGACUACGAAAACAACUGUUUCCGUAAGGAUGGGGAACAAUUUCGUUACAUAUCAGGAAGCAUCCACUACAACAGGAUCCCCAGGGCCUACUGGAAAGACCGGCUGCUAAAGAUGUACAUGGCAGGACUGAACGCCAUCCAGACCUACAUUCCCUGGAACUACCAUGAAGAGACUCCUGGCCAGUACAAUUUCAGCGGAGACAGAGAUGUGGAAUAUUUUCUUAAGUUGGCUCAGGACAUCGGUCUGUUGGUGAUCCUUCGUCCAGGGCCGUACAUAUGUGGAGAGUGGGACAUGGGGGGUUUGCCUGCAUGGCUUCUCAAAAAGAAAAACAUUGUGCUGCGAUCGUCUGACCCCGAUUACAUUGCAGCUGUGGAUAAAUGGAUGGGGAAGCUGUUACCCAUGAUGAAGCCUUACCUCUAUCAGAACGGAGGCCCCAUCAUCACUGUACAGGUGGAGAAUGAAUAUGGCAGCUACUUUGCCUGUGACUACAACUACAUGCGUCACCUAACCAAAGUGUUCAGAGCUCAACUGGGAGACGAGGUGGUGCUGUUCACCACAGAUGGUGCCGGGGUGAAUUACCUAAAGUGUGGCUCAAUACAAGGCCUCUAUGCCACCGUAGAUUUUGGUUCCGGUGCAAAUAUAACUGCUGCCUUUGCAGCACAGCGACAUGCUGAACCUUAUGGGCCUUUGGUGAACUCUGAGUUUUACACUGGAUGGCUGGACCACUGGGGAUCCCGUCACUCUGUCGUGUCGUCCGCUGUAGUGGCCAAGUCCCUCAGCCAGAUGCUGGCUGUGGAAGCAAAUGUUAACCUGUACAUGUUCAUAGGCGGAUCAAACUUUGGCUACUGGAAUGGUGCAAACUCUCCAUAUGCUGCACAGCCCACAAGCUAUGACUAUGACGCCCCUCUGUCAGAGGCAGGAGAUCUCACAGAGAAAUACUUUGCCAUCAGAGACGUUAUCAGAAUGUACAGUAAGGUACCGGAGGGACCGAUUCCACCAGCAACACCAAAGUAUGCGUACGGUUCUGUUAAAAUGCAGAAGCUCCAGACAGUAUUAAGUGCCGUAGAAACGCUGUCAUUCUCAGGUCCAGUUAAAAGCACCUAUCCUCAGACGUUCAUUGACUUAAAUCAGGACUUUGGCUUUGUUCUGUAUAGAACGACCCUGCCUGUUAAUUGCAGCCAACCCACCCCUCUGUCAUCACCUCUGAAUGGGGUCCAUGAUAGAGCGUAUGUAUCAGUGGACGGGGUGGCAGUAGGGGUUCUGGAAAGGAACAAGGUCUUGAGUGUGAAUGUGACGGGAAAUGCUGGAAGUCAGGUGGACAUUCUGGUGGAAAACAUGGGCCGAAUCAAUUUUGGAAAAGACAUCAAUGACUUCAAGGGACUGGUGUCCAAUCUUAAUCUGGGACAAACCCCCCUUACCGGCUGGACCAUGUACAGUCUUAGCAUCGACGAGGCGGUCAGACAGGGCCUCCUCGGAGAACAAUCUCCCACACAAAGAGAUCCAGAUCAGCCUGCGACUCUUUCGCUUCCCGCUUUCUAUAAUGGAAGCUUCAUCAUUCCUGAUGGUAUUCCUGACCUCCCUCAAGACACUUAUGUCAAGCUGCCAGGCUGGAAGAAGGGGCAGAUCUGGAUUAACGGUUUUAAUUUAGGGCGUUACUGGCCCGCUCGAGGCCCUCAGGUGACACUUUUUGUGCCUGCCAGCAUCUUGAGCACAGCAGCACCCAACAAUGUGACCAUCCUGGAGCUGGAAGCAGAUCCAUGCAGCUCCCAGCCAUGCACAAUUGAGUUUACAACCACACCGAUCCUCAAUGCACCAGUCCUCUCUGAACCCAAACUGCGCAGGAGACUGUUUACUACAGAGGAUUUCCUGUGACAAUAAGGGAACUCUCUGUUGCACUAAAGGAAUCAGUUUGCACUGCAGGACUCGACAUAUGAGUCUGGAAUCAAUGAUUGAUUUGUGAAAUGGAUAAGCAUUUGAAUUAUUUUUUUUUUGCCCGAUCUACGUUAUGUAAAAAUCAUUUUGUUUUCUGAUACUAUUUUUCUAACUAUGUUUGCACCACUUGAUUGUAACAUGUAUUCAAAAUCUCUUCUUGUCUACUCUCAAGAAAACAAGAAGAUAAAAAGUAUUUAUCAAAGGGAUUAUAAGCAAUGUUAGCUGUGGCAUUUCAUCAUUCAGGGAACAUUACAUUUUUCAGAUGAAAACCACAUCAGGGAUAUAUCGGUUCAGAUGUGUAGUCCUAUGACAAAAACCAAUUGCUCUAUAGCUUUAAAUUAGUCAAAUGUCAUUUAUGAAGUAGUUAUAAUAUUUGUACAAGAUGUGCCUACAUCAUAAAAUAAAAACUUGAAACUUGAAAUCCAUCUUUAUUUUAAUACAACUUAACUAUUAUGCAUAUUCACAUUAUAGGACAGGCAGAUGUAUGGCAUCAAAUUUAAAGACAGGAUAGGUUAGUAUUGGUUUCUACAUUACACUCAUUCUUUAUUUGGGA